CUUUUUCUUUUUUUUUACCUUCACAAAACAACGGAAGUUGUCGCGUAAAGGGAAGUUACAUUAUUUCUGUUAAAGGCUACUUUGUGUGUGACUCUUGCAGUGGCGGUAGGAAUUAUGUUUAGUGCACUGCUUCUCCUCAGUCUAGUGUUAUGUACCUCAUGCUUUUAUCCACCUGUGGUCAACAUUAGCUUGGAUGACCCCCCAGAAGUGCGAUGGGCGCCACUAUUGAAAGUGUUUGACGUGACCGACCUGAAUAAAGCAGCUGCUGAGGUUAUUGAUUCUACUGUUCCAAAAUGGGUGCAUCACGCAUUGGCUCCAGUUGUGGUGGCUUUGGACAAGUAUAUUCCUUCACCAUACGCCGGAGAGAUACGUGGAAUGGCAUCACACUUUGGAGCAACCCUUUCAGAUAUCAUAAUUCUCAACUUUGCCUAUGAAAUAUCUGCAUUCUGCACUAGUAUUGUGGCUCAGGACACAAGUGGUCAUGUGUACCAUGGCAGGAAUCUUGAUUACCCACAUGAUGUUCUCAGGAAUCUAACCAUUAACAUUAUCUUUCUAAAGAAUGGAGAGGUGGCUUACCGAGGAACCUCUUUUGCGGGUUAUGUUGGUCUGUGGACGGGACAAAGUCCUAACAAGUUCACAGUCUCUGGAGACCAGCGCGGUAAGGAGCAUUGGUGGGAGUGGUGGAAGAACAUAGUUUCUGCUUUCCUGUUAAAAAGAUCUCCAGUCAGCUGGUUGGUGAGAGAGACAUUGGAGGAAGCAACAGACUUUCAGGAUGCAGUCAUGCGAAUGUCCAAAAUCCCUAUUAUCACGGGUGUUUACUACAUAGUUGCUGGUGUUCGGGGUGGUGAAGGAGUGGUCAUCACCAGGGACAGGCAAGGCCCAGCUGAUAUUUGGCCUUUGGAUCCUUUAAAUGGACGAUGGUACAGAGUGGAAACCAACUUUGACCACUGGCUUCCACCACCCUCAAGGGAUCAUCGAAGAGAUAUUGCCAAUAAAGCAUUAAAUGCUACGGGUCAAGAAAAUAUCAACAUAGACACACUUUUUCAGGUUUUGUCUGUGUAUCCAGUAUGUAAUGGAAUGACAGUAUACACAACAACAAUGAGUGCAGCCUUCCCUGAUAACUACACGUCAGUUAUUAGACCACAGGGUUGCCACUGGACUGAUUCAAUUGUUUGACCUUCCAGGUGGUUCUCACCUUGUUAGUACUCUAGUGUAGAUCAUACUGAUGCAUAAAGCUGAUGUGUUGGUGGCUCUGAUAAAACAUAUUGGUAUGUGAUGUAAAGGGAGACCUACAGACAUGUGAUCCAUUCAUAAAUGUUAAUUAAAAUCAUCUGGUUACCUAUGUGACAGAGACUUCUUCAACCGCAUAGACUAACUAUGUGAUAUUAUGUGUAGUUUAUUUGGGUCUUUUGAUACUAUGAUCAAUGAUAAUUAAUGAUUUAUGUGCAAUGAUAAUUAAUAUCAACUUACAUUUUUUAGGGAAACAAUAUGACCAUUGUUGAUCCUUCUGUAGCUUUAUGUGUGUUUUGGGCUCCACGGUCAUGUGACUGGAAUGGCAAGCCGUAAGUACUUCCUGGGCACACGGGUGGACUUGAAGGCAAGGAAGGGGAGCUGAGCUGAGUUCAGGAGUAAACCAACAGCCCACUACUGUGAUACAAGCAGCAACUGAGCUUGACUUCAGUGUCGCCCAAGAUGUUAGCGUUUGUUAAUCGGCUUUUGGACUGGUUCAAAUCUCUUUUUUGGAAAGAGGAGAUGGAACUUACAUUAGUAGGACUACAAUAUUCUGGAAAAACCACAUUCGUUAACGUGAUUGCGGUGAGUAAGUCAGCUACAUUAGUGUAGCUAGUAAACGUCAACCUAGCUUGCUAGACAGCUAACAUUGGCAAGUCUUCAACUUGUCUUGAUUUUAGUGCAUGCUUGCCGUCACACAGGCAACACACUGCUUUCAUAAUCAUUAAAGAAAUUACUUUGGCACAUUCACUAACAAAGUGUUUAUAGAGACUAGCUAACCGGUAUUUUGUGUGCUUCCAUCUUCCUGGCCCAGGUGGGAGUGACUGGUGGUGACAAUCAGUUAAUUAGCUACAUGACGUCAUACAUGUAAUUAUCAUAUUUGGAAAGAUGUCUGAGUUCAUAGCCAUUUGGCAAUAAAGAUUU